CAUUCGUUAGGCAACCAGUUCGUGACGGUGCGGUAAACCAACCACACACACACUCCCUCACGUCCCAUCCCCGCAGGAGUUAUGUACAUCCAGUCCGUUGUUGUGGUGUUGGCCGGGGUGCUGACACUCACCUCCGGGUUAGGAAUUGAUAAAGACAAGUUGGGUAUUCUCGACAGCAGCAACACGAAUGUCCAGAAGCCCGGCCUAUCACUCGGCAGCAACGGGAAGGGUAAAGAAGCAUAUAUAAACUUCAACAUCGGAAGUAACAAGAAAAAUCUUCAGUCAGAACCUGGAUCCGUCAGUGAUACAGAACAAACGAAAGAUUCCUUAUCUAAAGCCUUGGAUUUCAUAAUUGAACUCAAGCUUGGAUUUCUUAAGCUUCUUGGGUUCCUGUAGAAGGUCUGAGGUGCUGAAGGAGAGCUGAAGGAGGCUGAAGGAGGGUGUGAGCAGCAAGACCUAUCUCGGGCUCUCUAUGGAGGAACUAAGUGCUUCUGCAAGUGAUCAUCCUGAACGUGGAAUAAGAGGAAUCCUAAAAUGAAUAACAAGGCAGAGAACCACGCCAACCACGCCAUGAUUAGUCAACUUGGAAGGCUAACGAAAAUAAGUUUAUUGUUUAUCAUGACGUGUGUCUGUCCAAGUAUCUAGAUAAAGUAUAAUGCAAUGA